AUUCAAACGUUCAUGGUCGCCUUGACCUUCAGAAUGAGCACUAAGUAGUCUUCAACGUCGUGUGCAGACUAGAAGGAUUAAUAGAUGAAUAUGAUCGAGUCACCUAGUACCCGCUUAGAUCAAAUGCUCGCUGACAUACCAACGCUUUCCAACUAGCCAUCAUCAAAUAUGAAAUACUUUUCUACUCGUGGAGGCUUAUCAGAGCUCACUUUCGAAGAGACAGUACUUGCUGGUCUCGCCCCAGAUGGUGGAUUGUACAUCCCUGCAUCAAUACCACAGCUCCCAACUAACUGGCAGGAUUCCUGGGCGAACAAGACUUUUCCCGAGCUCAGUAUCGAGAUCCUCUCCCUCUUCAUAUCUGCAGAUGAGAUCUCUCAAACAGACCUCGCUGCCCUUGUACAUGCGACGUACAACGAUUCCGCAUGGCGCCAUCCCGAUAUCACCCCGCUCCAGCCACUCACCACCAACAAGUACAUUCUCGAGCUUUUCCAUGGUCCUACGUAUGCCUUUAAGGAUGUCGCACUCCAGCUCCUAGGCAACCUCUUCUCCUACUUUCUCCAACGCCGCAACAAGGCAAAAUCUCCUGGAGAGGAAAGGGAGACGUUGACCGUCGUGGGUGCCACCAGUGGUGAUACAGGCAGCGCAGCUAUUUACGGGCUGCGGGGCAAGCCCGAUAUCUCCAUAUUCAUUCUCCACCCCAAGGGUCGCGUCAGCCCUGUCCAAGAAGCUCAAAUGACUACCGUGACAGAUGCAAAUGUACACAACCUUGCCGUAAAGGGAACCUUUGAUGAUUGUCAGGACAUUGUCAAAGCCCUCUUCGCUGAUGCCGCCUUCAAUGCAAAACACCACCUCGGCGCCGUCAACAGCAUAAACUGGGCCCGCAUUCUCGCCCAAACAGUUUACUACUUCCUCUCCUACUUCGCCAUCCGCCGUAUCCUCCCUACCGAUGCCGAGCUUCAAUUCAUCGUCCCAACUGGUAACUUCGGCGACAUCUUAGCAGGCUACUACGCUAAGCGCAUGGGCCUGCCAAUGGCUAAGCUUGUUAUCGCUACAAACGCCAAUGACAUCCUCACCCGCUUCUGGAAGACGGGGCGAUAUGAAAAAGUGGACUCGGAUUCCUCGUCACCUGCGGUCGGGGGUGUGGUAGAGACUCUCUCGCCUGCCAUGGAUAUCCUCGUAUCGAGCAACUUCGAGCGUCUGUUGUGGUACCUCGCCUUCGAGAACGUACAGAACAACAAUCCUGGAGGGGGCUUGCGUGAGAAGGCCUGUCAGACGGUGAAAGGCUGGAUGGACGACGUAAAAUCUAUCGGGCGCAUCGUCGUCCCAGAUUCAGUGCUCGAGCUGGCGAGGAGGGAUUUCACUGCUGAGAGAGUUGAUGAUAAACAGAUCCGCCAAACAAUUCGGGAGUACUACACCUCCGCGCAAUCCUACACCGCAGACCCACACACCGCAGUAGGGCUGCACGUCGCUGGUGUCCGUUCGCCCCCACCCAACACCAUCCAAAUCAUCCUUUCCACUGCACACCCCGCAAAAUUCUCUGAGGCGGUCACGAGUGCGCUGGAUGGCGUGCCAGGUUUUGACUUUGACUCGGUGCUUCCCGAGGCGUUUAAGACGCUUCUAACGAUGGAGCGCCGCGUGAUAGAGGUUGAAAGGCCUGAUGUGGAGCUUGUGAAGGGUGUCGUAGAACGGUUUGCGGUAAUGUGAAUACUUGAUGGUGUGGGGUGCCCUGAGAAUGGGAGGGGGGGUCAAAAACAAUGUUUGUUGUGCAAAAUUUAGAUGGGGGUCUUGUAUACCAGUGAUAGCAAUUGUGCAUUAUUGAUAUAGGAGGGUGAGCGUCCUCCCUCCUUCCAAUAUUUGAGGUUCCUUGUGCGAUUUCUUCAACGGUGAAAUGAAGUACGCACAUUGCGUUCAUCAAAAGAUGUAGUGUUUGAAUCGAGGUACUUU